AUGUCUGAAACCCUCCCUGAGAUGCAAUACCGCCACCUCGGCCGAACCGGUUUGAAGGUUUCUGUGAUCUCGUUGGGAAGCUGGCUCACAUACGGUGGCCAUGUUGGAAAUGCAGAAAUUGCAUUCGACUGUAUGAAGGCUGCAUAUGAUGCCGGUGUCAACUUUUUCGAUACCGCCGAGGUCUACUCGGGGGGUCAAUCGGAGAUUGUGCUCGGUGAGGCGAUCAAGAAGUUUGGAUGGAAACAGAACGACUUGGUUAUUUCUACCAAGAUCUACUGGGGCAAAGCCAACAGUGCCAAUCCCAACAAGCCGCUUAAUAACAACGGUCUUUCACGGAAACAUAUCAUCGAGGGAAUGAACUUAUCCCUCAAGCGCCUCGAUCUUCCAUAUGUGGAUAUUGUUUACGCCCAUCGCCCAGAUCGCGAUACGCCGAUGGAGGAGGUUGUGCGCGGCUUCAACUACCUAAUUAAUACUGGCAAAGCAUUCUACUGGGGAACCUCUGAGUGGUCCGCCAGUGAAAUUGCAGAUGCGUGGCGAAUUGCCGACAGACUGGGCCUCGUUGGUCCCGUUGUAGAGCAGCCACAAUAUAACCUUAUCGUGCGCGAGCGCGUGGAGAAGGAGUAUCGCUGGCUCUAUGAGGCUCAUGGCCUAGGCCUCACUGUUUUCUCACCUCUCAAGGGCGGCGUCCUAACUGGAAAGUACAACAACACCGAGGCCCCACCACCAGGAUCGCGCCUGGCUGAGUCCGAGGAUGGAUAUGUGAAGAGCUUGCGUAAGACCGUCGGCGAUGAUACCUGGAAGCGGCAGUUGGCGCAAGUUGCUGCUCUCCAGCCUAUUGCCGAAGAGCUCGGUAUCAGCACAGCUCAGCUUUCUCUGGCUUGGAUCUUGAAGAACCCCAACAUUUCCUCUAUGAUCAUUGGUGCAUCACGCCCGGAGCAAGUCCGCGACAAUGUGCGUGCGUUGGCUCUGGUGGACAAGUUGACCGAUGAGGUCAUUGAGAAGAUCGAGAAGGCUGUCGGCAAUCGCCCGGCUGAGGAGAUUAGAAGGUUUUAA